AUGUCUUCUGAAUUUGCUAAAUUGUGUGAUGUAGGGUUGUCAGUGACCAAUGACGUUUUAAAGAAGGUUAAUAGCAACUUUAUAAAAGGCAAUUUGCAGCAUCAGUUAAGUGUGGAAAAGAAGGCACCUAUAAAACGAAAAUUGGUUAAAUCUGUUCCACCUAUAACCAAACCACCAACUAGGGUGGUACUUGGUGUUGUUACGUCUAAAGCAAAAGGGUCCUUGGAUAUGAAGCGUAAAGCUAUGUCUUAUGUACUAACUGGCUCUGAAGAGCAGCAUUUUGAAGCUAGAAGUGCAAUAGUUGCUCAUAUGCUAAGAAUACCUGAAUUGCUGGUGUGGGAGUAUUAUGGUCGAGAAUGGAGGGCAGGGGAUGUUGUUUGUCGAUUGGUGAAGUUCCUGCAGACAUUCUCUAUCUGCGCUUCCAACUAUCUUAUCGUAGCCAUCGCUUUAGACCGUUACAAGGAUAUCCGAAGACCGCUGUCUCCUCCGUGGAAGGUAGAAUCAUUUGAGAAAGUUAAUGAGGCUAAGAAAGCUUCUUAUCUGAUUGUGAGGAGUUGGGUUUUAGCUGGAGGAGUAGCCAACACAUCAAACUUAGUACUUUUCCGCCGGAUAAAAUAUCAAGGCCGAAAUGUAUGCCGGAACAUACUUUACGAUUCUCCUCCUAUUCACUUGAGACUUUAUUUGACGGUUAUGAUUGUUGUAGUUUAUGCUUUACCUCUUCUUAUUAUCAGUAUUUGCUAUGUCCGGAUAUUCCAGAAGGUUUCACAAAGAGCAAACGAAAACCAAACAUCAGAAUCAAAGGAUAAACCUGGAAAAGAUCGCAAACUUAUUCUCCGCCAGACUCCAAUGGCAUAUUUACCAAGAGCUAAAUCCAAAACUCUAAAGACGACUUUUGUGAUUGUUACUUUGUUUUUUGUAUGCAGUUCUCCGUAUUGCAUCAUAGAGAUUUGGAGGGUUUACGGGCAAUAUUUAAACGUCGACGCUAUGACGUACUCUAUUCUUGCUGCACAAGCAGUGUCUAAUUCGUCAACAAAUCCUUUGGUAUUUUUAUUAUUCAACUUUGCGAUUAACUAUGGACGUCAAGGGGGUGAAAAUUCCGCAAAAUCUCUCGCAUUCAAAAUCUUCAACCAGGCCAAACAAAAAGAGAACAUCAAUGAGGUGAUUGGAAUAAGGGACUAG